AAGAACUAAAAAUUUCUAACGAACCAGUUACGCGAGACACCCUGUAUAAUGUUGUAUAGAAAACUUCACAAGAUACUUUAACUGUUGUCAAAAACAACAGAUAAUUCCAGUCAAUAUUCAAAAUUUCACUGUAUAAGCCCGACUUAUACAGGUUAGUCCUUUUGAAGCAAUACUGGGCGUCUCGGUAUACAGGUGUCCCAUAAUAUAUUCCGGAUCAGAGCAUUAUACGGGUAAAGGGUACAUUAUUCUGAAGCGAUUUUUCUAAUCGCGAUCAAGAACUGUUUCUUUGUGUUUUGAAAAAGUCGUUUUAAACCACGAGUAUUUUUGUAGUAUAAUGCAUAUUGCGUCCAUUGGGAAUCAGCUAGUUUUUUCUUUUGUAUAAUAAAUAUACAACAUAAGAAAUAAAUAAUUAAUUAAUAUAAAAGAAAAUACGUUCCAGUAACUUUUCGAAUCCUUCAAAAACCUUUAAAUUCUCAUUAAACGCUCAUUAUCGCACCCCAAUGCUAACGAAAUCGGUAAUUAUCCAGUUCAUUUUCGACCUGUUCGUAACCAACAUCGUUUUCUUUUACGUAAUUGAAUCAUUCAAACCAAAAUCGUCUAAAACAAGUUUACGUGAUGGAUUUAAAUCCCAAAGAAGAGGUUUUAUCAUCGUCAAGAGAAAGUUCCCCGAUAAAUUACGUCGAAAUCGGUCGAAACAAACCCGAAGUAACUUUUCCAAAUUACCAAAAUCCACAUCAAAAUUUAUCCCAUCAACCGUGGAUUCAAAACUCGAACGUUUUUGAUGUUCAAUUGCAUAAUAAUUAUUACGCGAACGAUGUUUAUAUGCAACAACAAAAUCCGAAUUACAAUUUUAUUAAGUAUAACAAUAAUUCGCCGCAAUCAACGAUUUUGGAUUACCACGAAGAAACCUCGACCUCAGCAUCACCAUCUUCGGGACCGCCGAAACAAAAAAGAAAAAGAACCGCUUACACAACACAUCAAUUAGUUGAAUUAGAGAACGAAUUUAAGGUGAAUAAGUAUUUGUGUAGAAGGAGGAGGGCGGAGAUUGCGAAAACUUUGGAUUUGCCCGAUUUAAAGAUUAAAGUUUGGUUCCAAAAUCGGCGGAUGAAGCAGAAGAAGGAAGACGCGCAGAGAAGGGCGAGAAAUUUCGAGAAUUUAUUCGCUAAUAAUCAAAUUUCCGAGCAAUAUUCGGGGAAUCAAUACAGAGUUUUAACUUACGGCGGGAAUGGGUCGUUCGUCGAAGAAGUUAAUUCACCGCAUCUUGCAGUGCAUAACGACGUUAAUAAUCAUAAUCUUACCGUUAAUUCGAAUCAAUCGGUUCAAAAUCAUCAAAUCGUGACACCAAGUGUUAAAAGUGAGAUUGAGGCGCAAGUUACCGAUUAUAUUCAUUAUGAUAUGUAAAUAAAUUAGAUUUUUAUUUUUAA